AUGGAGGAUGAUCCAGACUGGUCGGACCAUCAGGCAAGAGCGGAACCGCCCGACUUUGGCCCGGCAUCACGUCUACGCUCGCCUUAUGAUACCCUCAACGGCUCAGCGAGUUUGUCUACCGAGACCCUCAACAGCUACAGGAGACCCAACGGCAAGGGUCGCUUGCCGUCUUCUUGCGACUUUGGCGCACGCAAACGAAGCUCGGCUGCCCGCAUCUUUACGCCUCAGCAGGACAAUCUCGAUGCAGAUGGAGCCAGACGGUUCGAGGAUUUUGCUACUAUAGACUGGGUUCAGGAUACCCUGUUCGAACGGAACAGACGGAUUCGAGAGGCUCAGACGGGCGCGUCUGACGAUGUGCGUUCCUGGAUCUCAGCCUCACUCGAAGCCGGGCAGUCCUGGUUCGUCAUCAGUAUCGUCGGCGCGCUGAUUGGCGUCAAUGCGGCAUUGAUUUCGAUCGUCACAGUCUGGCUAUCGGACGUGAGGACCGGUCACUGCACUUCAGGCUGGUGGCUCUCGCGAGAAUUCUGCUGUUGGGAGAUUGACGACGGUGAUGGAGACUGUCAAGACUGGAUCAGAUGGUCUUCCUGGUCGCCGCUACGCUACUUGGCUUAUGUCUUCUUCAGCGUCGUCUUUGCUGCUUCUUGCGCGUUCACUGUCAAGUCGUUCGCACCCUAUGCCGCUGGGUCAGGCAUCAGCGAAAUCAAGUGCAUCUUAGCAGGCUUCAUCAUCCGUGGCUUUCUUGGCAUGUGGACGCUUGCCAUCAAAUCAAUCACUUUGCCAUUGGCCAUCGCCUCGGGCCUAUCUGUCGGCAAGGAAGGGCCUUCCGUGCACAUGGCAGCCUGCAUUGGUCAUGUCGUUGCGCGAUGCUUCACCCGCUUCUCGCGGUCGCAAGCCAAAAUGCGCGAGAUCGUCACGGCUGCGUCAGCAACGGGCGUAGCAGUCGCUUUCGGCUCGCCCAUCGGGGGCGUACUCUUUGCACUCGAAGAGAUGACAAUCAACUUUCCGCUCAAGACGAUGGUCCGAACAUUCUUCUGCGCGCUCGUCGCUACUGUUACCUUAUCCGCUAUCAAUCCUUUCCGGACGGGAAAGCUCGUACUCUUUCAAGUCAGCUACGACCGCGACUGGCAUUUCUUCGAGGUCAUCUUCUUUGCCAUCAUCGGGAUCUUUGGCGGUCUGUACGGCGCAUUCGUCAUCAAGUACAACCUGCAAGUACAGUCUUUCCGACGGAAGCAUCUGGCAAACUAUGCGAUCACCGAGGUUAUCCUCCUGGCUCUGAUCACUGCGAUGAUUGGCUACUUCAACACGUACAUGCGCAUCGAUAUGACCGAAAGCCUCGAAGUCCUCUUUAGGGAAUGCUCAAACGGUGGCGAUUACGAUGCGCUGUGCCAAACUUGGGCACAAUGGCGCAACGUCAACUCGCUCCUGCUUGCGACAGUACUGCGUACGAUACUAGUCAUCAUCUCAUACGGAUGCAAAGUACCGGCCGGUAUCUUUGUGCCCAGCAUGGCCGUCGGCGCCACGUUUGGCAGAAUGGUCGGUAUACUCGUCAAAGCACUCUACCUCGCCUUUCCACACUCGAGCUUCUUCUCUGCCUGCGAGCCGGAGAAACCUUGCAUCACACCUGGCACAUACGCUUUGCUUGGCGCGGCAGCUGCGCUGGGAGGCAUCAUGCGGAUCACAGUCACCGUCGUCGUCAUCAUGUUCGAGCUCACUGGCGCACUCACCUAUAUCUUGCCGACGAUGAUCACACUCAUGGUUACUAAAGCCGUCGGUGACUGUUUUGGCAAGAAUGGUAUCGCCGAUCAGAUGAUCACAUUCAAUGGCUACCCUUUUCUGGAUAAGGAGGAGCACACCUUCAACACGUCUGUGUCUCACUUGAUGAAGCAUGAUCUCGUGAGCAUCUGCGCAGAAGGCACAAAGCUAGACGAGGUCGAAGCGAGGUUGCGGGCUUCAAGCUUCCAAGGCUUCCCCAUUGUCAGAUCUCGAACCGAUGCGACCCUACUCGGCUACAUUGCCAGGAUCGAUCUGGAGUAUGCCGUCAGAGAGGCUCAUGCAAGCGCCAUACUGUCGCCAGACGCGAUAUGCGUCUUUGUGAGGGAGACCUACCAUUCGCCAUCUCAGAGCGAAGAUGAAGAAGACUACCUUGAUCUACGAUCGUGGGUCAACGAGACCCCGCUGUGCGUCAAUCCACGACAACCAAUGGAGACCGUGAUGGAUCUUUUCAAGAAGCUCGGGCCAAGGAUCAUCCUCGUCGAGCAAUACGGCAAGCUCGUUGGACUCAUCACGAUCAAAGAUAUCCUACGGCAUAUCCUGGACGAAGACAAGCGCGCGCACAACAGAGAAGAUGAGCCGACGUUCGAAGAUACCCUCGAGGAAGCCGGAGAUUGGCUUCGCAAGCGUCUCUCGCGUCUGCUGCUGCGACUGACAGGCCGGACGCUCAUUCCAUACCAUCGUAACGACUCGCUGCCGGACACAUUGUUCGAUCGAGGGCAGCGUGAAUCGACCGAGUCUGACGGUAUACCUCUAGAUGAACGAACAUGA